UUAGUCAAAGUCGCCGGCGACACAAAGACACGCCGAUAGAUACGUGUCAAUGGCGGCAACGAGGCCUGGAGAGGGAGAGGCCGCAGAGCGCAGGAGCGGGGAGCAGCGAGCAUGGCGAGCCCGUGGGACAGCCCUUCGAGCAGCCUGUGGGGCACGCUGGGGCAGGCCUCCAACGUGGCGCAGCUGGUCGGCGUGGACGCUCUGGGGCUGGUCUCCAUGGUCGUGCAGGCCGCCCUGGCGGCGCGCCGCCACCGGGACGCCUGCGUGCGGCUCGCGCAGCACGUGGAGCUCGUCGGCGGCCUGCUCAGGGAGCUGGAGCUCGCGGAGCUGAUGCGGCGGGAGGCCACCAGGCGGCCGCUGGAGCAGCUCGGCGGCGCGCUGCGGCGGUGCUACGCGCUCGUCACGGCGUGCCAGGACUGCGGCUACCUGCGCCGCCUGUUGCUGGGUGUCCGGAUGGCCGACGAGCUCCGCGCCACGCAGCACGAGAUCGACAUGUUCAUCCGCCUCAUCCCGCUCAUCGCCCUCGUCGACAAUUCUACUGCAGAUAGUCGCCGUGUCAAGGCUGAUGAGGGGGUGCUCACUGUAGUCACAGAUAGUUCAAAUCGUCACAUCAGGCUUCCAAACAAAGGAGCUACAGAACACUGCGAUAUUGGAGAACACCCAUUUGUAGGAAAAGUGGACCUGCAAGAACAGAAUAUCGUUGACAUUGAAGAACUUGUGAAGCUUUGUACCCGUAUGGAAGAGGCUUGCGCGGGAUUCACAAGGUUCGAUUUCUGUCAGAUCUUGGAUGCUACAGAGAAUUUUUCAGAGAAGAUGAUAAUUGGAUGGGGAGGAUUUGGGAGGGUGUACAAGGGCCAGUUGCCUGGUGGACUUAAUAUUGCCAUCAAAAGAGCUGAUGAGCACGCAGCAAUGGUUGAAGUCAACAGUGAAUUGCAGCUUGGAAAGCUUCAGCAUGCCAAUGUGAUUAGGUUAUUGGGGUGGUGCAUCCAUGGGAAAGAAAGGAUUCUAGUGUAUGAAUUCAUGCAAAAUGGUUCCUUGGAUCGUUACCUAUGCGCUAGAGCACUGAGUUCAGAUGUAGCAGAAGAGCGCACGAGUAGGGUCGUGGGAACCAGUGGUUACAUAGCCCCGGAGUAUGCACCUCGAGGGGUUUACUCUCUGAAGACGGAUGUGUUCAGCUUCGGCAUCUUGGUUCUGGAGACCAUUAGCGGACGAAAGAACACCAUACUCGACAACCGAGGGGAUACCGUCGGCGAUCUUGUACGAGAUGCCUGGCGUAUGUGGAAGGACAGAAGGCUGCAUGAGCUCGUAGAUGGAUCACUAGGGCAUGGAUACGACAUCGCCGAGGUAGCGAUGUACGCUCAGGUGGCGCUGCUCUGCGCUCAGGAAGAUCCAGUGGAUCGCCCCGCCAUGACGGAUGUUGCUGCAAUGCUGAGCUCUGAAAGCAUGAGCUUACCAACGGAGCCUAAGGAGCCUUCCGCGCUGAGUGAAGGGGGUGCUGGUGAGGAUACAUACAUAAACCGAUCAAGCCGGACAAUAGACAUAACCAUAACGAGUUCAGCCACAGUGCUGACUAGAGUUCGCUUAAUCAUAGACCAGGAGGUUUGAUGCGACGGAAACUGUUAAAUGCCAAAUAUGGUUGGAAUAUUUUUUUGGAUUAAUUUAAAUUGCUUGCCACAUAUGUCCAUAUGGUUGGAAUUGGAACGUGAGGAAGGAUCAUGGCCUUUUUAUUGUUCAAAGCGACGUGCAGAUUUCUGAUGUUAAGAUCAGUGGAGAUAAACUUGUUUC